GAUGAUUCACACAGGUAUGUAUAGGUGUCGCUAUCGUCACAGGUAAACCGGAAGACAUUUUCGUAGAAUGUGAUUCAAAAGAAUUUUUUUUUAUAAAGAUGCAUAAAACAAGUCUUCUACAAACGUUGAUGGUCCUGGCUUCUGCCUCAACAGUUUUUGGAUUGGAUUGUUACCAAUGUAACUCAACAUUAGAUUCAAACUGUCAAGACCGAUUCAACCAUGAUCAAAGUAUCAACCCAAUUCGGUCCACCAAGUGCACAGUGUACAACUCUCGCUACUGCAUCAAGAUAACAGGCGUGUGGGGAGGUAUUGUGGGGACCCAUCGGUUCUGCAGUGCCCGUGACCUGGGUGACCAGUGCCAGGAUUUGUCUUACCCUGACCACGACCGCUUGUACCGUGCCUGUGUAUACAGCUGUACCAGCGAUGACUGUAACUCUGCCCCCUUUCGUGCACCCUCCAUUUUACUGUCACUCGUGGGACUGCUUCUGAUGAAAUUAUUCUGUUAACCGUGUGUCACUAACUGAUAUAAUAUAUCAUUUAUUUCAAACAAAAUGUGAUCCAGGAUUAUUAUGAAAAGGAAAAAACAUAAAUGGAGAUACAUAUGACUUUCAGCAUUUUAACUUUAAACAACUACAACAUUGCUGGAACUUUAUUUAUCAGGAAAACAAGGAGUGCAAUUUAAUCAGAUAAUACAGGAUCUACAUAAGUUUUGAUAAGAAUACAUAAGGUAGUCAAAAAUAAAACGAUGCUCCAUAUAUAUUUGUAAACGUGUAUAUAUUUUCAUCAUUUUUUACAAUAUCUAUGCAAACUUCAUCACUGUUCCAUUGAUGAUCUUUCAUCUGUAUGUUUCCAUUAAUGUAACAUGCUCUUAAUUUUAACCAUAUAUUUUCAUUCUGAAAUUUAAGAAAAUAAAAAGAUGUGGAAAAUCUGAGAUAUUUGAUAAGGGGAGGGAACGACGGAUAAUGGAAGCUGGAGGAUCAUCAUUGUUCAUUCUCUUGUUUCUUUAAGUUUGUAAAAUCAUAUUCAGGAGAAAAUAUGCCUUAUUUUAUCACAUAAUCAUGUCAUUUGAUGUUGUAUGGAAGAGAAAGCUUGUUACUGUACAUAAACAUGAAUGUACAGAGUAAUAACUAUAUUUACAUAUUUAUGAUAGUGUGUACUGGAUUUCAGUUAUACCUGUGCCAUUUCCAUGUAAAUUUCCAUGAUCCUUUUGUAUGUAUUUUGUACCUAUCAUUUUUACAAUGUAAACAUGACUGUAUAUAGAUCUAUAAACCUGCCUAAAC